AUGGGUGGUCGUUUAACAACUCCGCCAUCAUCGGCAUCUUCAUCAUCUGCAACAGCUCAUCGACCAGCCGCUACAAAUCCAUCGACAAAUAUAGGUCAUACACGUACACAUUCAAAUCGAGCAAAUCAUCAUUAUCAACAACAACAGCAACAACAUCAUCGUCAUCGUUCAAGUAGUAGUCAUAAUAAUUCUCAAGGAUUAUUUGCAAAUAGUUCAACAAAUAAUAGUCGACAUCGUACAACAUCAACGAAUAUUGAUCCAUUAGGUACAACAGCAUUUAAUUUAAAUCUAUUACGUUAUGUUGGACUUGAACAAGAAUCGGAUGAUCAAAGUUCAGAUGAUGAAUCUCCACAAGCUCAUCGACGUUUACAACAUUUUAUUAUUGCUCUUCGUGAUGUACCGUGUCCUGUGUGCAACAAAACUAUACCAAGUGAUUCAUUUGACAAACAUAUUUUACAGUGUUUAUCGAAACCCCGAAUAGAUUAUAAUGAAGAUACAUUGACUGAGGAUAAAGGUGAAUGCGUGAUUUGUCUUGAUGAUUUAUUAAAAGGACAAAAAAUUGCUCGAUUGCCAUGUCUUUGCAUUUAUCACAAAAGUUGUAUCGACAAUUGGUUUCGUAGAAAUCGAUCAUGUCCUGAACAUCCCGGCGAAUAA